CGCUCCCUAUAAGAAGGUGGCGUGAAUGCCGUGCCGGGUUUUCACUUGGGAGACGUGCUGCGGGAUAAUUUGGAGAAUCACCAAUAUAUAUAUAUAUAUAUUUCUAUAUGAGAAUGAGUCGUCGUGUUGUUUACUUGUUUUGCUUCGUGUUGUUUGCGGCGGGACUGACGUAUGGCUGGAACUUCGACUUAUUCCGAAAUUUGGAGAAGAGACCCACCCGGCGGUCCUAUCAACAUUAUUACAGGCGGCUGACCACGGCUGCAACGAAAAAACACGCCGUGCCGGGACAGCGUCUGUACAGCAAACUAAUACCCGGGUUCAACCUCUUCGGCUUGCGGCCGCAGUUCAAGCACGUCCCCUCUACCUACCUGGGGACGCACCGACCGCCUUUCCCUCCGCGUUUCGAAACCCUGCCUCCCACAGUCGACCCUCGGGUCUCUCCCGUUCCCCUUCGUGUGCUGCCGGUGGGACCCGGGCAGCUUCGCGAUAUGGGUACUGUGGAUGUGGAAUGCGGGGAAGCCAGGAUGACGGUGAAGGCGAACCUGGACUUGUUCAUGAACGGGGUCCCGAUCGACCCAGCUUCCCUGACGCUCGGAGACCGGGAGAGAUGCGCGCACACAUCCCUGGAUUCAGUGGCGGGCGUCAUUAUCUUCGAUGUCCGGCUGCAAGAGUGUGGAAGCACGCUAAUGAUGACUGCGGACAGCAUGGUCUACUCUAACACGCUUCACUACGGCGUCCCUCCGUCUCCGGACUCUGUGAUCGUCAGGAGUUCCCCGGUUGCGGUUCUUAUAGAAUGCGUCUACGACCGGAGGGCUAAUGUCAGCAGCAACGCCAUCGUGCCAACCUGGGCAUCAUUCACGUCAACCAAAUCUGCAGAGAACGUGCUGGACUUCCAGCUCGGCAUCAUGACCGAUGAUUGGAGCGCUCCGAGGACUUCCAACUACUUCUACCUUGAAGAGGUCAUCAAUCUCGAAGCGUCCGUCGACACCCAGAACCACCUUCCCAUGAGGCUGUUCGUGGACCGCUGUGUGGCUACGCUCAGCUCUGACGUGAACUCCAAACCUAGAUACGUGAUUAUCGAUCACAAUGGCUGCCUGAUGGAUGGGACCCAAGCCAGCUCAUCCGCUUCCUUCCAAUAUUCCGAUCAAGAUCCCGGGAAGCUGCGGUUCAGAAUCCAGGCCUUCCUCUUCUUCAAAGAGACCCUGAGCUCGAUCUUCAUCACCUGCUGGAUGAAAGUGACCUCGCUGAACCAGAGGUGGAAGUCUGUGGACGGAGACAGCAGUGUGUGUGCGUGCUGUGCCACUGAGCAGUGCCCCAUGCCCGAUGCACGCCGCCGCUACGCUCCUAGAGCGUCCCAUCACCGGUUCAGACGUGGAAGAGAAGCGCCUGACUACAGACGCGGUAAAAAAGCACAGCAUGACACCAGGGCGCUCAGGAGGUCCCGCUAG